AUGACAGGAAAUAAAGCUGAAAUACUUCUAUUAGGUAUUGCUCAAGAUGGUGGUAUGCCACAAAUACGAUGUCAAUGUAAAAACUGUAGUUUAGUUCAUCGUGGACUUCUACCGCAACAAUACACAGUCAGCUUAGCUAUCAUCGAUCGAACAACAAAUCAAGUAUGGCUCGUUGAUUGUUCGCCAGAUGCUCGAAAUCAAUAUUCAAUGUUACAAAACCAUUUUGAACCGGAGAGAUCAUUUAAAUUAGAAGGCGUCUUUUUAACUCAUUUACACAUGGGACAUUAUAUCGGUCUAUUUCAGUUCGGACGUGAGACAAUGGAUUGGAAAGGUUUAAAAAUCUAUGGCACUGAAAGCGUCUGUCAAUUUUUCCGAAACAAUCAACCUUGGUCCACCUAUAUCGAAAUAGGAAACUUUGUUUUAAAUCCACUUGUACCGCAAGUAGAAGUUCAAUUAUCAUCAAAUCUGCAUAUUAGAUCUCAACUCGUUCCACAUCGAGCUGAAUUCAGUGAUGCCGUUGGUUAUUUCAUUCGUGGUCCAACACGAACAAUCUUCUUCUGUCCAGAUGUUGAUAGUUGGGAUCGUGGUUGGUCAAAUGAACAUGGUCUCUCACCUACAGACAUAGUGCAAUCUGUUGACCAAGCGUACCUUGAUGCAACAUUUUUCAGUGCCGACGAAUUACCCAAUCGAAAAAUUGAUGAAAUUCCACAUCCAACUGUCCUUCAAACGUUGGAAAAAUUCAAAGGACUGGAACAUAAGAUUACUUUAAUACAUUUCAACCAUUCCAAUCCUUUGUACGACAUACAAAGUAAACAACGAGAACAAUGUCAACAAGUCGGAAUCAACAUCGGCAUUCAAGGAGCAAUUUCUAAAUUAUAA